GUAGUACCAUGGCUCUUCUUCUCCGCUUCCUACUCCUCUCCUUCUUUCUCUCAUUGUAGUCUUGGUUUCUCUAGCUCUAUCAGGCUCUUUAUACCAAGCAUGCGGACAGACAUGCAACUAAACAAGCCAUGUUCAGACCACUUGACUCUUGAUUCAUAUAUAUAGAUAUAUAUAUAUAUAUAUAUAUACAGCCCUUAUAAAGUUGGCUUGGCUGGCAGACACAACAUGCCAUUCCUUAAUGAAGCCUUGCUAUUCUUAUUAUUAUCAUUACUGGUUUGUCCAGCUCUAUCAGACACGGUAUAUCAGUCAUGUGAGACAGCCAACUACAGCACAAACAGCACCUAUCAAUCCAACCUCUUGACACUCCUCUCCUCUCUCUCUUCCAAUGGCUCUGUUUCAGGCUUCUACGAGAACACGGUGGGCACAGUGCCCAACAGGACCUACGGCCUGGUCCUCUGCCGCGGCGACGUCAGCGCCACCGAUUGCAGCAACUGCGUCAACGCCGCCACGCAAGACGUGAUCCAGAUAUGCUCCAACAAGAAGGGUGGUCUUGUAUGGUAUGACCCCUGUUUCCUCCGCUAUUCCAACCAAGACUUCCUCUCCUCUACCGACGACUACAAUCCCCUCAUCCUGUACAAUUCCCAGAACGUGUCUGAUCCUGAUAAGUUUAAGAAGCUUGUGGUUGAUCUUAUGAAUAUGACAGCCCAGUUUGCAUCUUAUAACACAUCCCGGAGAUUCGCCACAGGGGAGGCCAACUUCACUGCGUCUAACCCCAAAAUAUACGGCUUGACCCAGUGCACCCCGGAUUUGACAGGAGAUCAGUGUUAUAGAUGCCUGCAAGGUGCUUUUAGCGUGAUUUCCGGUUUUGCAGAUAAGCAAGGACUAAGAAUUAUUGGAGUGAAAUGCAAUUUCAGGUAUGAGGUGUAUUCGUUCUUUGAGGGUAAGUCCAUGGUGGUACUUUCUCAGUCGAAUGGUACGAAUACCACACCCACACCCACACCCACACCCACAGUUGAAGAAGAAGGAAAGGAAAAUAAAACUGGUAUAAUUCUCGCAAUUUCCAUCCCUCUGGUCAUUGCUGUCCUGAUGAUUACCACUAUUUGCAUUUGCUUCUUUUUUUUUUGGAGGAGGUUGGCAAAGGAAAUUCCCAAUUUGACCAACUCAGAGCAGAUCACAAGCGUGGAGUCAAUUUUAUUUGAUCUAUCUGUGCUAAAAGAUGCAACAGAAGACUUCUCUGAAGUGAAUAAACUUGGACAAGGUGGCUUUGGUUCUGUUUUCAAGGGAACAUUACGUGAUGGAAGAGAAAUAGCUGUUAAAAGGCUAUCAGCAGGCUCAGGGCAAGGAAUAGAGGAGCUAAAAAAUGAACUAGUAUUGGUUGCAAAGCUUCAACACAGGAACCUUGUGAGGCUUUUGGGUGUUUGCUUGGAAGGACGAGAGAAGAUGCUUGUCUAUGAAUAUGUUCCUAACAAAAGCCUUGAUACGAUUCUGUUUGAUUCUGUCAAAAGCAAGCAACUAGAUUGGGGUAGACGAUACAAGAUCAUAAGUGGAAUUGCUCGUGGUCUAUUAUACCUGCAUGAAGAUUCUCAGCUAAAGAUUAUACACCGGGAUCUAAAAGCAAGCAAUAUAUUGUUGGAUGAGGACAUGAAUCCAAAGAUAUCAGACUUUGGGUUGGCUAGGCUUUUUGAAUGUGAUCAAACUGGGGGAACCACAAGCCGAGUAGUUGGAACAUUUGGAUACAUGUCUCCAGAGUAUGUGAUACGUGGUCAGUAUUCAGCAAAGUCAGAUAUAUUCAGUUAUGGAGUUUUGGUUCUGGAAAUCCUGACUGGUCGAAAGAACAGUAUUUACUUGAAAAAUGAACAAGCGGAAGACCUGCUAAGCUAUACAUGGGAGCAUUGGACCAGAGGAACAAUUUCAGAGAUACUAGACCCCUCUCUGUGCGAUCAAUGGCCAAGAAGUGAGGCAUUGAGAUGUAUUCAGAUUGGUUUAUUAUGUGUGCAAGAAGAUCCAGCAAACCGACCCACCAUGUCAAUGGUGGUUCUCAUGCUCAACAGCUACUCUGUGUCCCUCCAAUCUCCUUCAAAGCCUGCAUUUUGUGUAGGACUGAGCGGUGGCAUGGAUUCAGAUGCAUUCCAGAAAGGUACUAAUGUGUCCACUGAUAGAUUUGAAGGGUCCGUCCCAAUGACUCCAAAUGAAGUUACAAUAUCAGAAAUGGAACCCCCCAACAUGCUAUGCCUUACUGAAGAAACUUUACUACUCUUGUUACUAUCAUCAUUAGUAGCUUCUCCAGCUCUCUCAGACACAGUAUAUCAGUCAUGUGGGACAACCGGCAACUACACCACAAACAGCACCUUUCAAUCCAACCUCUUCACACUCCUCCCUUCCCUCUCCUCCAAUGGCUCUGUUUCAGGCUUCUAUACCAACACAGUGGGCACAGUGCCUGACAAGAUCUAUGGCCUGGUCCUCUGCCGCGGUGACACCAACGCCACCACUUGCCGCAACUGUCUCGACGUUGCCAGGCAAGACGUGAUCCAGAUAUGCCCAAACAACAAGGGUGGUCUUGUAUGGUAUGACCCCUGUUUCCUCCGCUAUUCAAACCAAAACUUCCUCUCCUCCACUGACAACUCCAAUCCCCCCAUCCUACUCAAUACCCAGAACGUGUCUGAACCUGAGAAGUUUAACAAGCUUGUGGUUGAGCUUAUGGAUAUGAUAGCCCAGUUUGCAUCUUAUAACUCAUCCCGGAGAUUCGCCACCGGGGAGGCCAACUUCACUGUGUCUAACCCCAAAAUAUAUGGCUUGACCCAGUGCACCCCGGAUUUGUCAGGAGAUCAGUGCUAUAGAUGCCUGCAAGGUGCUUUUAAUGCUAUUUCCAGUUUUGCAGAUAAGCAAGGACUGAGAGUUCUUGGAGUGAGAUGCAAUUUCAGGUAUGAGUUGUAUUCAUUCUAUGAGGGCAAGUCCAUGGUGUUGCUUUCUGCUUCCUCUCCUCAGUCUAAUGGUACGAAUACCACAAUCACACCCACAGUUAAAGAAGAAGGAAAGAAAAAUAACACUGGUAUAAUUCUUGCAAUUUCCAUCCCUCUGUUCAUCGCUGUCCUGAUAAUUAGCACUAUUUGCAUUUGCUUUUGGAAGAGGAGGUUAUCGAAGAAAAUUCCUUCUUUGACCGAAUCAGAAGAGAUCACAAAUGUGGAGUCAAUUCUAUUUGAUCUAUCUAUCCUUAGAGAUGCAACAGCAAACUUCUCUGAUGAAAAUAAACUUGGAGAAGGUGGCUUCGGUGCAGUUUACAAGGGCUUGUUGCAUGAUGGAAGAGAAAUAGCAGUUAAAAGGCUUUCAAGAGGCUCCGGGCAAGGAAUAGGAGAGCUGAAAAAUGAAUUAGUGCUGGUUGCAAAGCUUCAACACAGAAACCUUGUGAGGCUUUUGGGUGUUUGCUUGGAAGAACAAGAGAAGAUACUUGUCUAUGAAUAUGUUCCUAACAGAAGCCUUGACACCAUUCUGUUUGAUUCUGUCAAACGCAAGCAACUAGAUUGGGGAACACGGUACAAGAUAAUAAAUGGAAUUGCUCGAGGCUUAUUAUACCUGCAUGAAGAUUCUCAGCUAAAGAUUAUACACGAUCUAAAAGCAAGCAAUAUAUUGUUGGAUGAGGACAUGAAUCCAAAGAUUUCAGAUUUUGGUUUGGCUAGGCUCUUUGGCGGUGAUCAAAUUGGUGGCACCACAAGCCGUGUCGUUGGAACAUUUGGGUAUAUGGCUCCAGAGUAUGCCAUGCGUGGUCAGUAUUCAGCAAAGUCAGAUAUAUUCAGUUUUGGGGUUUUAGUUCUGGAAAUACUGACGGGACGAAAGAACAGUAAUUUUCUCGAAACUGAACAAGCUGAAGACUUGCUAAGCUAUACAUGGGAGCAUUGGACCAGAGGAACAAUUUCAGAAAUACUAGACCCAUUUCUGGGUUGUCACUGGCCAAGAAGUGAGGCAUUGAGAUGUAUUCAGAUUGGCUUAUUGUGUGUUCAAGAAGAUCCAGCAAACAGACCCAGUAUGUCAAUGGUGGUUCUUAUGCUAAGCAGCUACUCUGUGUCCCUCCAAGCUCCUUCCAAGCCUCCAUUUUGUAUCGGACUGAGUGGUGGCAUGGAAUCGAAUGCAUUCUCGAAAGGUUAUAAUUCUUCAACUGGUGAAUUUGAUGGAUGGAUAGAUAAAUCCGUCCCAAUGACUCCGAAUGAAGUUUCCAUAUCAGAAAUGGAGCCCAGAUAG